AUGGCGGGGCACCGCCGGCACAACGGCAUCGUCAUCUGCCCCGACGGGGACGAGGACGAGGACGCCUUCGAGAUGGAGGAGGGUGACGAGCAGCCCGACGACGCCCCGCCCUCGCCCCCGCCGUCCCCCGGGCAGCGCGGCCAGGGCCCGCCCCUGAUGCGCCCAUUCACAGAGUUUUCGAUACCGGAGGACCGCCCGUGGCACCGCAAGAACCCGAACUGGGUCGAGCCACCGCGCCGCCGGCGGCCCCUCCAGGCCGAGCACGAGAUCCCCCAGAUCGUCCUCCCCGCGUCCCCCAACGCCCUGCAGUACAACAGGGACGGGUCGACCGUGUCGACCGUGCUGGCUGAGCACGACCUGCCGCCACGCAAGAACGAUGAUGAGGGGGACGAGCUGCCCCCCGAUGCCGAGCCCCCGAGUCCGGACGCGCUGCACGCCGUCUUCACGUCCGAGAUGCGGCUCGCGAGCGUGUUCAGCGUCACGCCCAAGGACGUCAACCAGGCACAGCGCACCGCGCGCACGCUGGGCCUCCACACGGGGUUCAUCCCAAAGCCCACCCCCGCCCCUUCCGACCAGAGGAGAGCGCGAGCGCUCUCCGCCCAGCGAUCGUGGUGGAUGGUCGUCGGGAAGGACGACAGGGCGGUGCAGCAUCUUCUCGAUGCCCACCAGAAGGAGACGCCGGGCAGGUUGGACGAGGAGCCCCGCGUGGGGUACGCCGAGAGACAGGGCUUUCCGGUGUCUUUUCUGCAGCUUGUUAUUGCGAGUGCGAUCGGUGGCUUGAUCGUGUUGUACGGUCUAUCCUCAUUUUAGUAGUUAGUACUAAUCCUGUGGCGGACGUAUUUCAGGUGAGAAUUAGCACUCCUCUGUACAUUACCGUAGCUUACUGUAGAGGCGUGUAUGCUCUAUGACCUAUGCUCCAUUUAUGCUAUCUCUCUUCUCAAUCAUAUGCUAUGCCUGUAUGC